AUGUGGAGAGUGACAAGGAGGGCCGUGAAACUGGACGACGAACAACUGGGAGAGCUCCGGGAAAUAUUCCGAUCGUUUGACAGAAACAACGACGGCAGCCUCACACAACUCGAAUUGGGUUCGUUGUUACGAUCGUUAGGUCUUACACCAAGCCCUGACCAGCUCGAUGCAUUAAUACAGAAAGCCGAUACCAACAGCAACGGUUUGGUGGAGUUCUCGGAGUUCGUAGCGCUGGUGGCGCCGGAGCUUCUUCCGGCGAAGUCUCCCUACACAGACGACCAAAUGAAGCAGUUGUUUAAGAUGUUUGAUCGCGACGGCAACGGGUAUAUCACGGCGGCAGAGCUGGCUCACUCUAUGGCGAAGCUGGGACAUGCGUUGACGGCGGAGGAGCUGACGGGGAUGAUUAAAGAAGCAGAUACUGACGGCGAUGGACGGAUCAACUUCCAGGAGUUCUCUCGGGCAAUCACUUCAGCCGCUUUUGAUAAUUCUUUUUCCUGA